AUGUCUAUUCAGCUUAUCAGAAAGGCAGUUCCCGGAGCAGACGAGGCCAUUGUGGAAUACAUUGACGGCUAUCUUAGAGAAAACGAUUUUGAAGACGAUGAAGAUGCCAUUGCCGACUUUGUAAAGCCUAUUCUGAUUGAUGCGGGAGGCGAUGAAGCCAAAAUUGACGAACUAUGUGAACAUCUAUCAAGUCUAUUGCAAGCAAAUCAAAAGGCUUCUGCUCCAGCAAAGCUCUCCAAGCUAGAGCACUCAUUCACCAUGGGCAGCCAAAGCGGAUUAUCUGCUACUGCUAGUCUCGGUAGAGGUUCUGUGGAUUUAGAACAUGCUUCAGGCCGUCGUGUUCAAUCUCAAGUCAACCAAGAAAAGUUGCGUAAAGCCGAGGCAAAGAUUGCUGCCAAAAUGGCUAAGCGCAAUGAAAAGAGCAACAUGAAGGUGGAAUACGAGGCAUCCCGUUUGCUGGACGAACAAAAGAAAUUGCAAGAAGAAUACAAAUUAUACAAUCCCAUCUUGGAUUACACUACCACCAAAGGAAAGAACAAGGACAUCAAGAUUGAGAACUUUGAUAUCUCGUUUGCUGGCCGUCGUAUCUUGACGGAUGCCAAUUUGACUGUGGCAUUUGGCAGACGUUAUGGUGUUGUUGGUAAGAACGGUAUUGGUAAGUCUACGCUGCUCCGUGCCAUGUCUCGUCGUGAAAUUGCUGUGCCUCAGCACAUUUCUCUGCUGUAUGUCGAACAAGAAGUUCACGGUGACGAAACACCUGCUAUUGAAAUGGUGCUUCGUGCUGAUGUAUGGCGUGAGCAUUUGCUCGGAAAGGAGCGCGAAUUGUCUGCUAGAAUCAGUACUCUGGAAGCUGAACAAGACAAGGAAGAGGAGCUGGGUGAAGAGGAAAAGAAGGCAAUUGAAGCUGAAAAGGACAAACUCAACACAGAGCUCAAGGAAGUGUUUAACAAACUCACAGAGAUUGAGAGUGACAAGGCAGAAAGUAAGGCCUCUGCUAUUUUGGCUGGUCUUGGUUUUGGCACUUCCGAACAAAAGAGACCCACCAAGGAGUUCUCUGGUGGUUGGAGAAUGAGAAUUUCUCUUGCUCGUGCCCUAUUCUGUAAGCCUGAUGUUCUUAUGCUCGAUGAACCUGACAACAUGUUGGAUAUUCCUGCUAUCGUUUGGUUAGAAAACUACUUGAAGACCUGGCCCAACACAUUGCUGGUUGUUUCUCACGACAGAGAAUUCUUGGAUGAAGUCGCUACAGACAUCCUGUACAUGCACAGCGAGAAAUUGGACUACUAUAAGGGCAAUUUCACCAACUUCCACGCCACCAAAGAAGAACGUCGCAAGGCUCAAUUCAAGGAAUAUGAAUCUCAAGAGCAAUAUCGUAAACAUCUCCAAGACUUUAUUGAUCGCUGGAGAUACAAUGCCAAACGUGCCCCUCAAGCUCAAUCUAAAAUCAAGAUUCUCGAAAAGCUACCCGUCUUGGAGCCUCCAGAGGAUGAGAAGCUGAUUACCUUCCAAUUCCCCAAUCCUGAACAGCUAUCACCACCUAUUCUUCAAAUGGAUGAAGUGACAUUUGGCUACAACGCUGAAAAGACGAUUAUCCGCCAUGUCAACAUCGAUUUGAGAAUGGAUUCUCGUAUUGCAGUUGUUGGUCCCAACGGUGCUGGUAAAUCCACCAUGCUGAAAUUGCUGACAGAAGAAAACAAACCCUCUUCAGGUGUUGUUCAUCGCAAUGGUCGUCUCCGUAUUGCCUACUUUACACAACACCACAUUGACCAGCUCGAUUUGACAAAGAACGCUGUUGGCUUCAUGGCUGACCAGUUCCCUGGUAAGUCAGAAGAGGAAUACCGUCGUCAUUUGGGCUCAUUUGGUAUCACUGGUAUGGUUGGCCUCCAAAUCAUGAAAACAUUGUCUGGUGGCCAGAAAUCUCGUGUCGCAUUUGCUUGUCUUAGCAUGCAAAACCCUCACGUUUUGGUUCUUGAUGAACCUACUAACCACUUGGAUAUGGAAUCGAUGGAUGCAUUGCAAGACGCACUUGCUGAAUUCAAAGGUGGUGUCAUUAUCGUUUCUCACGACGAAAGAUUCAUCAACACCGUCUGUAACGAAAUUUGGAUUUGUGAAGGUGGUGUUCUCAAGAAGUUCUCUGGAACUAUCAAGGAUUACAAAGAAAUUAUUUGCCCCAAAGAUACUCCAUAA